CUCCCGGGAAAGCCGGCGCCUUCUUCUGCUGCUUCUCCUUCUCGCUUCUCCUGCGGUAGCUGCUCCCUCUCUCCUCCGGGGCCACCAUGAGCCACCUGCGGGCCUCCUCCACCUCCUACCGCCGCACCUUCGGGCCAGCGCCGUCGGGGAUGCUGGGCUCGGCCGGCUCCUACUCCUCCUCCUCGUCCCGCUUCGCCGCCUCCUCCUCCUCGGCCUCCUCGGCCUCCAGGCUCCGCUCCUCCCGCGGGGCCACGGCGGGCCCCCAGCUGCUGCUGCUGCGCCCGGGCCUCCAUCCUCGCUCGCCGGCGGCGCUCUUCGGGGAGAAGGGCCCGGCGCUGGACUUCUCGGGGGCCGAGGCGCUGAACGCGGAGUUCCUGGCCACGCGGAGCAACGAGAAGCUGGAGCUGCAGGAGCUCAACGACCGCUUCGCCUCCUUCAUCGAGAAGGUCCGCUUCCUGGAGGGCCAGAACGCCGCCCUCGCCGCCGAACUGGGCCAGGCCCGCGCCCAGGAGCCCCCCCGGGCCUCCCAGCUCUUCCAGGGCGAGCUCCGGCAGCUCCGCGGGCAGCUCCAGGCCCUGGCCAAGGACCGAGACCGGCUCCAGCUGGAGAGGGACAGCCUGGCCGAGGACCUGGAGGCCCUCAAGCACAGGCUGGAUGAGGAAAUGCACAAGCGUGAAGAUGCUGAGAAUAACUUGGUUUUGUUCCGCAAGGAUGUGGAUGAUGCCACUCUUUCUCGCUUGGAGCUGGAACGCAAGAUUGAAUCCCUCAUGGAUGAAAUUGAAUUCCUCAAAAAACUGCAUGAGGAGGAGAUGCACGACAUGCAGGUGAGCAUCCACAGCCAGCAGCAGGUGCAAGUUGAGGUGGAGCAGGCCAAGCCAGACCUGACGGCUGCCCUGAAAGAGAUCCGCACCCAGUAUGAGAGCAUCGCUGUCAAGAAUCUUCAAGAGGCUGAAGAGUGGUACAAAUCCAAGUUUGCUGACCUUUCGGAUGCAGCCAACAGGAACCAUGAGGCGCUUCGCCAGGCCAAACAGGAGAUGAAUGAAUCCCGGCGCCAGAUCCAGAGUCUCACCUGUGAGGUGGAUGGGCUCAAAGGAACUAAUGAAGCCUUGCUGAGGCAGAUGAGGGAUCUGGAGGACCAAUAUGGGGCUGAGGUGGGCUCGUACCAGGAUACCGUGGGACGGCUGGAGCAGGAGAUCCAGCACAUGAAGGAAGAGAUGGCACGGCACCUGCGGGAAUACCAGGACCUGCUGAAUGUCAAGAUGGCUCUUGACAUUGAGAUUGCCACUUACCGCAAGCUUCUAGAGGGGGAGGAGAGCAGGAUUACUGUUCCUGUCCAUUCCAUGGCAUCUCUCAGCAUCAGGACUACAGUUUCAGAGCCAGAGCCCACUGUAGAGACCCAUACAAGGAAGACAGUACUGAUCAAAACCAUUGAGACCCAGGAUGGAGAGGUGGUGACUGAAUCCAGGAAAGAGCAGAGGGCUGAGAUAGAGAAGUGAUGCUGGCUACACCCAGUGCCUCCCAGAUGCCAUGGAGAUGGGCACUAAAGCUAACCAAUCUACAGAAGAAGUCCCAGCAGCAGAUUCCCCCAUUUCCUCACAAAGCCACACUGGCCUUACUGAUGAUAAUGAUAAUGAUAAUGAUACUUCUUACCUCUGACAACUUUCCUGCACUGUCUGCCAGGCUUCACAAACCAGUUAUACCCCUUAAUGUGCACCUCUAGCCUUCCUGAGGUCAGCCUGGUUGUGAUCCCAGCAAUAACCGCCCACAGUCUGGGGAGUGGGUGAUGCCACUCUUCUUCAUCCUACUCUACUCUUCCAGUGCCUCUUUUCUUUUUUACCACACCUUCUCUCAUCUUGCUCAGUAAAGCCCCAUCCCAUCCUAUAUCAGUAUUCUCUUGUGGAGGAGAGAAAGGUUUCUUUCUUGAUCCAGAUCAAGCCAUGUGAGGCUUAGGUGUGCCAGGUAUAUUUGGAUUAAAACCUUGAGUAUAAUCACAAGGUCCACAGAAUUCAAUGACUGUGCAAAAUGGCAGAAUCUUGAUAUCUGGCAAGUCUAGCUAGGCAACACCAACCUAGAAACACCAAAGAGAACCAAAUGUUUGGUCACCAUUUAAUUCUCUGUGUUAACCACUAUAACCAAUCAUUCCUUACAGAGAUUCUCAACUGAUCUUCUUAUCAAGAUUAUAAGUGGAAGCUAUGUACCACUAAGUUCCUGAUUCUUGCCUCUGUCAUGAAUUCACCAGAUGGCCUUAGCCAGUCAUCUCUCUUCCUCUCUCAACCUCAGUCUCUCACUAGCUCAUUCCCCUCUCCCCCAGGCCUGCAACAUGAGGGAGAAUACCACUGAAUUCCCUUACAAGGUUGUUGUAAGGAUAACAAGAUAAAUGCAUGCAAGGCACUCUGAACCCUUGAAAGUGCUGUACAAAUGCUACAAAUAAUCAUAUUCCUUAAGUACUGUAUUCACAAAUGCCCCCAAUAAUAAUAAAUGAAAAAUAGAUUAUUGAUUCCAUUUUAAAAGAAAUGUAUGUUUUCAAGGAUAUUCUUAUAAAACCAAAAACACUCAAAAGAAAAAGGACAGGUCACUGACAAGUUGAUUGAUAUGGUUUAUCACUGGUUCUUAACACUGAUGGGACACAAUGGCAACCUUUCAACCCAAACCUUUCCUCAGAAGUAAGUCCCACUGAAUUCAAUUGGUCUUAAUCCUAGACAGUUUUAUUCUCAUACAGCAGCCUUGGAGUGACAUUACUUUGCCUUCAUAAAUAACUCUUUAUCACAGGCCACUUGUAUGCCUCUAACAUGCUAGCUUCCUUUCCCCAGUUUGAUUAAUGUUGGGCUUUUGGGACUUAAACCUAAAUAAAUGUGUUUUGUUUUAUUUAUUGCAGGCUUCAAGUAACAUUAUUUUGCCUUUCUUCUUUAGAGGCAAAUCAUACACCUCGAAAAUGAUAACUCUUUUCCUGAAUCAGAUAAACUUUGGGUCUUGCUGAGACAAUAUUUCAAGAUUGCAAGUCCUUGACAGCUCAUCUGACCUUCUCCUGCCUUCCAAAGCAGUCUCCCUCUCCUCUACUCACUUCAUUGUGUUCUUGUGGAAACCUCACACUCUCAUUCCCCCUCUGGUCAAGUCCUAUGUGGUACAAAAAGGCACCAAAGUCAAUUUUGCUGGUCUCAGUCCAGAACACCACUGGGUUCCCCCUUCAUUUGUAUUGCAUACAGGGCAGUGUCACAGAUGUGAGAAAGGCAGAGGACCAAAUGGUUUUUAGAGUCUACAGCAGCAUGUAGACAUUGCUUUCACACGUGCUGAGCCAAAGGUGAUGGUUUAAAAAUACUGAAGGAAUAUGCCUACAUCUAACAAUUGUGAUUCCUUACCAUGAGUGGGUGUUGAUUACUUCCUGCUGGCCAAUAGAAAUGCUAUAUAUAAUGAAAAGAGAUUGCUAUCUGUAGACUCUAGGAUUUGUUUUGGUGGACCAACACAAUGAUAUGUUUAUUACACAUAAUUAAGUGGCAUGAAUGUUUUGCUGGCACAAGCUGUAGCUUCUCGUGGAUGCUAAAGAUAGUGUCUUAUAAAGAUAGCUUCUCAGAUCCAGGUUUCUAAUGGUUAUGUUUGUUCUCAGAUUUUAAUCACUUUUAUCACCUUGUCUUUUGUCUUUGCUUCAGCAGUGGUGGCAGAUAACUUCUUCCAAGAUAAAAUCCUCUGAGUGAGUGAUACAUUCCAUUCGGUUUUAGUCCAAAUUUAAAAGAGCCGUCCAAGGUUUUGAACAUAUUGUCAGGACAGUGUUCCGUAUCAUGGACAGUGUCUUUAAAAGUGCAGACAAGGAGCUGGUUUAUUACCCCAUUUAAAUGGAAGCUAUCACUACACUUCAGCCCUCCUACUAGCUGCCAUUUUGUUUUUACUUCUACCUCUUCUUCUCUUCACAUUCCAUACUCCCUUCCUUCAUUCAACUUCAUGACGACCACAGGUAUAGGCACUGCAUGUCUUGCCAUGUUGAUUGAUCAGAGAAAAUUUCUUCCUUUCCACCUUAAACCAUGGGAGCCACUUGGUAGGCAGGGAGAACUGUUUUCCUCUUUUCUUUAGUCACGUCCCUGUGCAGGAAAUCACCAGAGAGACACAUGUUUUUGAAGGCAUCUUUCACCUCUCCAGUCCUCUCAGAGUCUAGACUGGAGAGGGGCAACUGUGGUGUGGGGAAUAACCCGCCCUGAACCCACUAGGGGCUGCCUUCUAGUACCACUGCUACUGAUCUUGCCCCUGUGUUGAUGAAUUUUGGAGGCAGAGCAGUCACAGAAUAAAGGCAAUAUCUUUUUUUAAAACAAGAUUGGCAGAAAGCAUGAUUCAAGCAGAAUCAUGCUUCCAGGAGACUUUGCAGAGUACAACUUGAAAACAAGGGACUCAUUUUCCAUUUUAAUUGAAAAUUGCAGCAUAUUGCUGCUACAGUGAUGAGGGACAGUGGACAACUGACUGUACUUCUCAUUCCCACUCUAGAUGAGUAACUCAAUUGGAAAACAGGUUUUUGUUAGUAAAAAAUACAUUUCUCUGGAAGAAAGCUUUGUGGUGGCUUUUGAAGCCGCUGCUAUCAGUGUAAUUGGUCUCUGUGCCAAGUCCAUUUCUCAACAUGCUAUUUCCCAAUCUGUUUGAGCUGAAUGGCUUGCCUUCACCAAUGUUGUUGUUAGCUGUAUCUUCAUCCAACUGCUUUAGGACCCCGUUUCUUAGCAGGUGGCCAGUGAGCUAAAAGGUCUGUCUGGCCUCAUCACCAUUCAUCUUGCAUUUUUCUUUGUCACCCAUUCAUUGUGUCUGCUGCCUGUUUUUAGUGGCCAGCAUCUCAGAUACUACUCAUGCAGGUAAUAUUUAGUUUUGUAAAGGAAAUGACAAAUGGGGCUUGGCAGCAACCAAGCAUACUGGAUACAUGGCAGGCCAAGAAGUGGGCUUGCUCUUUCCUCUCAAUGUCCCAUUGAACUGCUACUGGUGUGGGCAAUUACAGCCUUUCAGAUAUUGAACUACAAGUCCCCUCAGCCCUCACCAUUGACUAUGUGCUGUGACUUGCAGUCCAAUGCCAUCAGGAGGAUCUGGCAAUUCCCAUCUCUGCUGUAGAGCCACCAUAUUACAUGAAUAAAACUUUUUAUCCCAUAACAGAUCCUUUAAAAUACAGUUCAUGUACCUAUACGGCUAGUCUGAAGGCACUGUACAAAGAAAGAUGUAGCUCUCAGGGACACUUCUGGCAAAACUGUUCAAGAAGAUGCAACACAACAAAAUCAGGAGCGUAAUGGAGGCUUGGUGAGUCAAUGAAGGGAUCAGUAGCAUAAGGCCUUCUAACUUAGAAGAGGAGAGAAACUAGCUUACAAGGAAGCCUGCACAUACUGUAUCAUCAUUAUUCAUAAUUUCUUUGAUGUUUUAGAUAGGAGUUCACUGUAAGAAUGCCCUUAGCUAUCCCAUUUUACAUCUGUAUUUUUAACUUUCAAGAACUUGGCUAGUUCUCUUUUAAACACCUCCUAGAUACAGUAUUAUUAAUUGCAACAGUAUCAGAAUGUGACAGAUAAGGCCCCUAUAGGUUUUUUUCUUUUCCGUUUCUGUUCCCUUGUUGAAGGAAGAACAGUUCAGUGUUUUUCAAGCCUUGAUUUAACUUUUUGAAAGCUUGCCUUAGGCUGAGAACCUAAACGUGAGCAAGAUAAUUUGGAUGUCUCAGUUUCCAUUUUUCUCCAAGUCUUCCAAACCCUUUGAAGCUUUUAUUUCUUUGUCGUCUGUGGAGUCUUUCUCCCCUUCUGGUCUAUAAAACCAAAAGUUGACUUGACAGCUGAAUUCUAAGUAUGUUUACUUGCCAGCUUCUCUUAAUGAUCUCAGUUUCCCAGUUCUGUUAUGUUGCAAUGCACUUAGGAAUUUACUUAGAAUACAACUCCCAAAAUGCCCCUGUGACUCGAAGAUUCUGGGAGUUGUAGUCCAUACCUUCUGGAAACUCUGCCUAUAACUGAGAAAUUCCAUUAUCCAGAUAACUGUUAUAUCUGGUUCCAGAAUUGCUAACUUGCAGCUUCAAAAGCCCAUCUUUAAUAUUAAUAACGCAAAAGGAAACUGUGCCCCUACCCCUUCUGGCUGCCCCUUACUUUUAUGGCCUACACCUCUGCCAUGGGACAAUUUUAACGUUGCUGCAAUGGGGUGGAGGGGGGCAGAAAAAGAAUAGCAUUUGUAUGUGUUCAUCCUAGUUAAAGAGGCUUUAGCAUUUGAACCUGAUAUCUUUCUGAGUAGAUCAUACUUUAGGGCAAUAACAGAUGGUUUAAGAUUGAGCUAUUUUGUAUUUGGUGGAGAUCUGACUUGCAGAAAAUGCUUCAUUGUUUCUCUCAUCUGUAAGAGAUUUGACGGAUGUUUUAGUCUGCUUAUGGUAGUUUUUGGGAGCUGGCAUUCAAAAUAAAGAGGAAAUAGCCCAAAAAUGCACAAAAAACUAAAGAGGAGAUUGUUCCCAAUUAGUGGCCAUUCAUUUUGUUUUCCUUUUAUUUGGGACAACUAUCUGGAUAACUAUUUUUCCUUCAGAUCCUGUUCUGAACAUCGACAGUCACAGAAAUGAAGCAAGAUUUGCAAAUUUGUCACAGUUAUAAAAUUGUCCCUCUGGCAAAACAGCAGGAGCAGCACCACUUUCCAGCCUCUAAGUCUGCAAUCUCAUGCACUGUGUAGUAUGUUCAACUCUGUAAAGGACUGGGUUGCACCAUAAUUCAAAACUUUCUGAGAGUGAUUCCUUAUGUGAUGGCAUUAGCACAUGGCACAGUUCCAAUUCUGGAUUUUUGACACCUCUUUCAGCCUUACUUCUAUAUUUUUCUUUAUUAUUCCCCCUUGAUAAUAGGUUUUGGAUCACAGAAUUCUCCUAUAUGGGUUUUGGUGCUGAUUCCCUGUUGGUUCCCCAUACUCCUACUCACAGCUGGUGAAAACACCCGGUGCUAUUCCUCCAUAAGAACAGAUCAGUGCCCUAAACCUGAUCCACUCAAUCUUGGCACAAUCUUGGUUUGGUUAACCAUACUGUGCUAAUUAGCCAUCAGGCCCACUCUUCUGUGUUCUACCCCCAGCAUGCUGUCAUAUAUUGGCUCUCUGGAAUAUCCUUCCUUACAAUCUGGCUUGUCUCACAAAUGUUUCACUCUGGGAAAGAUGAUGUAGUAUGCCCAGGUGACAAAACAAUCAAUCUCACACUCCCACAAAGACAACGCAGGGUAGCAUGGAAAUGGGAGUGGUUGCUGUAGAACUGUUUCUGAUGCUUUUUGAUCUCACCUGGAUAGUGACUGUUACUUAAUGCCACUUGGACAUUGUGUGCCAUGUAUUGCUUCCAACCAGCCAGUAAAUAUCAUA